AUUUUUUAUUUGGUGGUAGAGUCAUAAUUAUUAUAAAAAGUGCUCCAAAAACCGUGAAAAGAUAAACCCAAUUUCACACUUCCGUAGUUCCUUUGCUUGUUAAUUAAUUUCGGCAAGUUUUAAUUAGUUAAACCGGAUUUCUAUUAUAGAGAAAAAAAUGUCCUACGCUUGCAAAAAUAUUUACUCUACACUGCCAAAAACCCAAAGAGGCCAACCCCUUGUCUUGGGCGCAGACCCAAAGGGCAAAAAUUUCAUCUACACUAAUGGCAAUUCUGUAAUUAUAAGAAAUAUAACGAAUCCUGCUAUUGCCGAUGUCUACACAGAACACUCUUGCCAUGUUAAUGUUGCCAAAUACUCACCAAGCGGAUUUUAUAUUGCUUCAGGAGAUCAAUCUGGCAAAAUCCGUAUAUGGGACACAGUGAACAAAGAGCACAUCCUCAAAAACGAGUUUCAUCCUUUCGGGGGGCCCAUCAAAGACAUUUCUUGGUCCCCGGACAACCAGCGUAUGGUGGCUGUAGGCGAGGGCCGUGAAAAGUUUGGACAUGUUUUUAUGUCUGAAACUGGUACUUCGGUUGGGGAGAUUUCUGGUCAAUCCAAACCGAUUAAUUCUUGUGACUUUAGGCCUGCUAGGCCUUUCAGGAUUAUUACUGGCAGUGAGGAUAAUACUAUUGGGAUUUUUGAAGGGCCACCUUUCAAGUUUAAGAAAACCAAACAGGAACAUUCUCGUUUUGUCCAAGCCGUCCGCUACUCACCCUCAGGCAACCUAUUCGCUUCAGCCGGCUUCGACGGUAAAGUGUUCCUUUACGAUGGCGCCUCUUCAGAUUUGGUGGGCGAAAUCGGCAACCCCGCUCAUUCCGGAGGCGUUUACGGAGUAGCCUGGAGCCCUGACGGCAAGCAAUUGCUUACCGCCAGCGGAGAUAAGACUGCUAAACUUUGGGACGUUGAAACCCGACAGGUUGUUACAGAGUUUAAGUUGGGCGACAAUGUUGAAGACCAGCAAGUUUCUUGUUUGUGGCAAGGCGAACACUUGUUGACAGUUUCUUUGAGUGGGUUUAUUAAUUAUUUGGAUGUAAAUAAUCCUGAGAAACCUUUGAGAAUUGUCAAGGGUCAUAAUAAGCCUAUUACUGUGCUGACUUUGAGCGAGGAUAGGGGGACUAUUUUUACAGGCUCUCACGAUGGAGUUGUUACUAGAUGGAAUACUGAAACUGGUGAAAAUGAUAAGAUUGAAGGUGCUGGACACGGCAACCAAAUAAACAGCAUGAGAGUGCACGAAGGUACUCUAUACACUGCUGGCAUUGAUGAUAGUCUCAAGCAAAUUGAUAUUGAAGGCAACACUUAUAGGCAGCAAGAUUUGAAGCUUGCUUCGCAGCCUAGAGGCAUGGAUAUACUUAAGGGGGAAAAUAUUAUUGUUGUUGCCAGUGUCAAUGAAAUCACUGUUGUGAAAGAUAACAGGAAAUUGAGCACUUUGAAAGUUAACUAUGAGCCUACUAGUGUUAGUUGUUCGCCUAGAGGACAUAUCGCUAUUGGAGGUUCAGUUGACAAUAAGGUUCAUAUUUACGAAUUAAAAAACGAUAACUUGAACUUGAUCAAAGAACUGGAACAUUUGGGUGCAGUUACAGACGUCACUUAUUCGCCCGAUGAUAAAUAUUUGGUCGCCAGUGAUUCUCAUAGAAAAGUAAUUUUGUAUGAGACUGAGGAGUAUAAGCCUGCAACUAAACAUGAAUGGGGCUUCCAUACAGCCAAAGUCAACUGUGUGGCAUGGUCUCCUGAUUCUUUAUUGGUUGCCAGUGGAUCUUUAGAUACUAGCAUUAUUAUUUGGUCUGUUGAAAAGCCCGCCAAACAUAUUAUCAUUAAAAAUGCUCAUGCUCAAAGUCAAAUAACUAGAAUAGCCUGGGUGGACAAUACUACGGUUGUUUCGGUCGGACAAGAUUGCAACACUAAAUUGUGGACAAUAACUCCAUUUUAAAUUAUUAUGUUUGCUUUUUUUCAUAUUUGGCUUUGCAUUUAUUAACUAUUUUUUUACAUUUUUUGUAUUUAGGCACUAAACUUAUUUAUUUUUCAGUAUUUUAAAUGCUUUGAUUCUCGUGUAUUUCGCCUUGUAAAAAAAACCAUCUAGUCUCUUCUAACAAUUGAUUAUUAUUCAAUUUUGCCUACGGAUUGUUGAAUGUAUUUUACUAUUAUCCUAUAUUAUGUAUAACAAAGUAUUAUCUUUAUUUUAUUU